AUGGCAAGCAUCCUCCGCGUGGCUGCAUGCCAUGCAUCUCCAGUUUUUCUGAAUGCGCGUCGGACAACAGACAAGGCCAUAGCCCUCGUUAAGCAGGCGGCCUCGAACAAGGCCAACUUGGUCGUUUUCCCCGAAACCUACAUAUCUGCUUUCCCAAUCUGGAGCUCAUUGAGACCACCGACCGAUAAUCACUGGCUAUUCCAGCGUAUGGUGCAAGAGUCAGUCUAUGCGGAUGGUGAUGAAUUAGAAGCGAUUCGCGAGGCUGCACGAUCAAGCGGUGUAUUGGUCAGCAUCGGCUUCAGCGAAAAGUCCCGCCAUAGCAACGGCUGCCUCUACAACUCGAACCUGAUCAUCGGGACUGAGGGCGAGGUGCUUGUACACCACCGAAAGCUUGUUCCGACUUUCUUUGAGAAAUUGACCUGGAGCCCUGGAGAUGGUCAUGGGUUACGCGUUGCUAGCACGCAGUUUGGGCGAAUUGGCACCCUCAUAUGUGGCGAAAAUACAAACGCACUUGCAAGGUAUUCUAUGAUUGCACAAGCUGAACAAGUGCACAUCUCUACCUGGCCCGCAAUUUGGCCGACGCGAACAUUGCAAAAAAUCCCACCGAGCGCCGAAAGUGGCGUCCAUCAGGCCAGCACACGUGGAGCUAACUACGAUAAUUUGGCGGCUAACAGGACACGCGCAGCAGCGCAUUGCUUCGAAGCCAAGUGCUUCGGCGUUGCAUGUUCCGGACACCUGGGAGAAGAUGCUAUUGAGACAAUUGUCGAUGGCGCGAGUCAGCCCGAUGUGGUAACCGAGACUUUGCAUGCUAUGCCACGAGCUGCCACGUUCUUCCUGGACCCUACCGGCGCUCCACUUCCUAGUUUCAUCUACAAAGACUCACAAAAACAAAAUGCAGAUGCGCUCCAGUCUGAAGAAGAUAUACUGUACGCCGAUAUGCGACUGGAAGACUGCAUCGAAGGAAAACAGUACCAUGAUGUUGUUGGAGGCUAUCAACGACUCGACGUUUUCGAUCUCAAAGUUGACCGAUCUAGAAAAGACCCGGUCAAGUUUCUUUAA